AUGGAUCGACAUAUUGAUCCAACAAGAAAUCGUGUAUCAGAAGAGUUUUUAGAGGGAAUUGAUGUUUUUCUUGCGUUUGCUUGUAGUCAAGCAUCUUACAAAGAGUCAGGCACUAUAUUGUGUCCUUGUGCACGGUGUAAAAAUCGAAAGCAGAGAGAUGCAAAAACUGUAUCUAGCCAUCUUUUUCGAGUUGGAUUUAAGGGAAACUACUAUGUUUGGUCAAGCCAUGGAGAAUGUUACUAUGAUGCUGGUGAAUCCUCGAGAGCAAAUCAUUUUUCCGGUGAAGAAGCAAUGUGGGAUGAACAACACACAAAUUUCACGACUGGUAAUGAUGAGAAUUAUCCAUAUGCAAAUAUUAAUGAGGGGCAAGACGUGUCAUCAGCCCAUGUACAAGAGAAUCUGAUGGAAACAACCAACGAAGAACCAUACCAUGAUAGCGUUUUCCAAGCUUUUGAAGCAGCCAAUCAACCUCUUUACGAUGGGUGUGCUGAAGGAAUUUCUCAACUAUAUCUUGCUUCACGUAUGAUGAAGGCAAAAAGCGAUUACAAUAUGGUAGAGGCAUGUGUUGAUGAGAUAUCACAGACUAUCAAAGAUGUUUUGCCCAAACCAAAUACAGCUCCUGCAUCAUAUUACGAGGCAAAAAAGUUGACAAGAGCACUUGGGCUGCCUGUUAAAAAAAUUGAUGUUUGUGAGGAUAACUGCAUGCUCUUCUGGAAGGAGGAUCGAUCACUUCUAUGCUGUCGGUUUUGUGGUAAAGAUAGAUACCAUCCAAACAAUGGAAAAGGAAAAAGUCGACCAAAACAGAGGAUGUUUUAUAUGCCAAUAACAGAGCGGUUAAUGCGGCUAUACCAAUUAGAGACAACUGCAUCUCAAAUGCGCUGGCAUGCUGAGCAUUUGUCUCCUGAAGGAGAAAUGCAUCACCCAUCAGAUGGAGCAGCAUGGAAGCAUUUUAAUGAGGUAUAUCCUCAUUUCGCAGCUGAAAGUCGCAAUGUAUAUCUUGGCUUGUCAACAGAUGGAUUUAACCCAAUUGGUAUGAAUGGUGAGGCACAUUCAGUUUGGCCUGUGAUUAUAACUCCUUAUAAUUUACCCCCUGGCAUGUGUAUGAAAAGGGAAUAUUUCUUCUUGUCGAUACUAGUUCCUGGGCCAAAACAUCCAAAGAAAAGUCUACACAUCUAUCUUCAGCCAUUGAUUGAAGAAUUAAAGAGUUUGUGGAGUGACGGUGUGGAAACGUACGAUAUAUCAAAGAAACAAAAAUUUACGAUGAGAGUUGCAUUGAUGUGGAAAAUCAAUGAUUUUCCAGCAUAUGGCAUGGUCUCUGGUUGGAUGACGCAUGGGCGUUUAGCAUGUCCAUACUGUUUAGACGAGACACAAUCGUUUUGGUUACAAAAUGGAAGGAAGCAUAGUUGGUUCGAUUGCCACAGAAAGUUUUUGCCUCAAGAUCAUCCUUAUAGACGAAAUGUGCAAGCAUUUAGACGAGGCAAAGCAUUGAUUGUGGAGGAAAUGGACAUGAGAAGCCUGCUCGAACUGUAA